CUCCACAAAAGAGAGAGGGUAUUUUGGAGCAAAAUGGUCCAAAAGAAGAAGAUAAAAGAGCAAAACUUGAAUCAGCAAACUUUGCUCUCAAAAUUUACAAGUUUGUUCUCUUUGCCCAUGAUAAUGCUCCCAUUACCUUCUCUGCAACCGAAGCCAAUUUUAUCUAUUAAUGUGGCAUCAUAUUUUCCUACUCUUAAAUACUCCUUUUUGUCGAGAAAGCAAAUAUCAUGCUGCCAUUCAAGUUGUAGUGUAGAAGACAGUAGUGAACGGAAUGCCUGUAAAGUAUUCUCUAAAGAGAAAACACCGAGGAGACUGAUACUCUUCAUGUUCAUCACUUCUAGAUCUUUUCCGACUUUGAUUUCCUAUGGGAAGACAAAGAGUAAGAAUCCAUAUGACGAAAAACGCUUGUUGGAGCAAAACAAGCAGAGACAACGAGAAAAUAAUGCUCCUGACGACUUUCCAAAUUUUAUUAGAGAAGGUUUCCAGGUUAAGGUGGUAGCAUCUGACAAUUAUAUAAAGCGUGAUUCGGGGCUCAUAUACCGGGAUUUUGAAGUCGGUCAAGGUGAUUGUCCGAAGGACGGUCAACAGGUCACAUUCCAUUACAUUGGGUAUAAUGAAUCAGGUCGCCGUAUCGACAGUACAUACUUGCAGGGUUCUCCUGCCAAAAUCAGGAUGGGCACUAAUGCACUAGUGCCAGGAUUUGAGGAAGGAAUACGUGACAUGAAACCCGGGGGUAAAAGAAGAAUCAUCAUUCCUCCAGAGCUUGGACCACCGGUUGGACCUUCAACGUUUUUCAGUGCCAAACAGUUCGAGGUUUUUGAUGUGGAACUGCUGGGUGUCAAAGAUUGUCAGAGGAGAACCAUUGGAUUCUACUCGGAUGUUAUCUGCGAUUGAAUACAGAGAGAGGGAGAGGUUGAUGUCUCAAUUUUGGCUUAUUGAAUUAGCAUCAACCUUUUAGAGCUCAGCUGUACACUGAUGUGCUUUCUUCUACCCUAAAGCAUUAAAGAAUUUAGUUAGCACAACUUCAACUCUCCAAACCAUUUUUUUUACGAAUAAUGAUAAUGAAAUUUGUUUGUCAAUUUAUCAAAAAAAGGCGCAUAAAUAGUUGAAUAAUCAUGGACAUCUCGAUGUAGGCCACCACACACGUAACAAGCUCGUUAGCCAAUUUGUUUUUUGAAUUUGUAUUUUGAUCAAAAUGGCUCAAUACUAUCCAAAAUUGUUAAUAGAUGCUUUUAUUGAUCUGCCAUUUCCGAAAAGAUUAAUGAUAUUUGAUAUAUGAAUAUAUGCUCUUAUUUGAUAAAAA